AUGACUUUUCAGGUGUUUCGACAUGGCGAUCGUUCGCCUAUUGAGUCGUAUCCCAGAGAUCCUCAUGGAGAAGACGUGUGGGCUCAGGGCUUUGGACAACUGACUGAGGUAUUGUCUGGCAUGAAGCAGCAGUUUGACCUCGGCCAGUUUCUCAGGAGGCGCUACGGAAACUUCCUCAAUGAUGACUAUGACACCCAACAGAUAUAUGUGCGGAGCACAGACUACGACCGCACUCUGAUGAGCGCCCAGGCCUGCCUCGCUGGGAUGUUUCUGCCAUCCAGACGACCACCUCCAAUUGCGCCCCAGUUACUGUGGCGGCCUAUUCCCGUGCACACCAUCCCCAGGUCUCAGGACAAGCUGUUGAAGUCUCCUGGGAAAGAUUGCCCAAGAUUGAAAGCACUGAUGACCGAGACCUUUGAGAGUGCACCCUACCAGACUUACCUCAAGGCUCACAAGCAGUUUGUGGAGGAAGUUUCUAACCACACCGGCUACGCCCCUUCCAAACUGGUUGGGAAAAAAAUAUGGAGGGUCUACGAUACUUUAACAUGUCAGAGGAUCCAUAACUUGACUCUCCCGCACUGGGCUACCCAACGCGUUCUGGACACUCUGAAGAAAAUUGCAUCCUUCGAGGUUACGUACAGCAUCCUGAGUCACAAGCGGAAGGAGAAGGCCAGACUCUCGGGAGGGGUGCUACUGAAUGCCAUCGUGAAGAAUUUCUCCAAGGCUGUGGAGCAAGGCAGCACACUCAAGUUCAUCAUGUACUCGGCUCACGACUCCACUCUGAUCACCCUGCAGGCAGCUCUGGAUGUCUACAACGGCUUUCUUCCUCCUUACGCUGCCUGCCAACUCUUUGAGUUCUACCAAGAGUAUGACGGAUCCUAUUCACUGGAAAUGUACUAUCGGAACGACUCCUGGCGUGACCCGUUCCCCAACCCGGUGCCGGGAUGCAAAGGGCUGAACCCAUGCCCUUUGUCCGUGUUCACUGAGCUGCUGCGGGAUGUGAUGGUGGACGACUGGGAGGCCGAGUGUGGGCUCAGAACAAAGUGGUCAAGUACAGGUGUCGUAACAGCUCUUGCAGUGGCUGUGGGUCUCCUGGCAGUGGCGCUGUUGGUUAAUAUAGGAGUAGUAAUCCGUAGUAGGAAAGCACACUACUCCAGGGAGGUGUAG